CUACCCAAAGCGAGCCCUUCACAAAAUCGAACUCUCCACUACUCCUCUGCGCCGCGAAGCCACUGCCGCUUCUACCCCCACGGGCGCACCGCCAUGCUCGCCGCCGCAUCGUGAUCACGAGCGCCCUAGCCGCCCUCGGAGAUUCCUCGCCAUGGCUGCGUCGGAGCGGGAGGCCGCGCUCCUCGCGCGCGUGGCGGCAAACCACCUCUUCCUCGCGCAGUUCGAGGCCCUGCGCGCGGCGCUCCUCAGCCUCCGUCGCCGCGCCGACCCGGGGCUCGCCGCGGACUUCCUCCGCGCGGUCGUCGCCGCAGGGGGCCGUGUCCCGGGCGUGCUCUGGUCCGCGCCCCCCGCCUGCCCGUCCCCGUCCCACCUCGCCUGGCUCGCCGCGCUCGAGCUCGCCGCCCUCCCCUCCACCCCCAACCCCGAGGCGCUGCGCCUCAAGGCCGAGUUCCUCAUCCUCCUCCAGCCCAUCGCCGACGACCCCGCUGUUGGCGCCGAGACCAGGGAGACCCUCACGCGGCUGCUGGAUUUGGGGGUGGUGAGGCUGAAGCGCGAGGUCGAGGGAGGUGGAGGGGAGGCGGGCGCUGGUGCCGAGGAGGCCGCGGUCACCGAGGAGGAUCUGAGGGGGCUAUGGGGGGUGUUCCUCGAUAACGCCCUUGUAUUUGACGCAUUGUGCGUGGGCGUCUCGAGGCAGAUCGGCUUGGACGGGGGUUUCGGCGCUGAUGUGCUCCUGUUGCUGCGUCAGAACGUGCAGCAUGCCCACUUGGACGCCGUGAAGACACUACUUGCAGUGGAUGAUCUUGAUGGUGCUGCUGGCCAUCUCCGGUUUCUUUGUCUGGAUCAUGGUGUAGAGAAGGAUGAGUACAAGCUUGUCAUAUCAGAGCUUCUCAGAAAGGGUUGGGAAAAAGCAUCCAAUUAUGGUGGAAGAUGGUCUCAGUUGCGGGAUAGAAUAACUAAAAUGUACGAAGCAGCUCUUCAGUCUACUAGUCCCCAGCUCGUGCAACUGUUUCAGGCCAUUCUGGAUGACAUUGUUUCUGAAGAAAUUGAAGAUCAUAAUAUCUCUAAUACUAAUGGGAUGCCUCUUCCUUUCACAAAAUUUGUGGAAACAUUGUCAUUGGAGAGGGGUACUGACUCAGAUGACAGGACCUUGUUGGAUGCAGCUAUAGCAUCCUGCAAGAAAGAUCUGUACCAUUAUUGUCGACUCUCUGGAAAGCAUAUGCUUGAAGUAGUCUUGGAAACUGCUCUGUCAUCAAUUAAGAGGGAGCAGCUUCAAGAAGCUGUUGAUGUUGUUUCGUUGUUCCCCCUUCUCCAGCCAUUGGUUGCUGUCUUGGGGUGGGAUAUUCUGAAGGGUAAAACAGCUCUACGGAGAAAACUAAUGCAGAUGUUCUGGACAAGCAAAUCCCAAGCUCUACGACUACAGGAAUAUUCACAUUACCGUAAGACAGAUGAGACAUCCUGCGAGGAAUACUUGUGUGAUCUUUUAUGCUUUCAUCUGGAUCUUGCAUGUUUUGUUUCAAGUGUGAAUUCUGGCCGCCCGUGGAAUUUAAGGAAUUCAUUAUUGUUUUCCCAACAGCAUCAAGGUUCAGAUGUUAACAAUGCAGAAAUAUUAGAUCCUUUUGUGGAGAACCUGAUACUUGAGCGCCUAGCUGUUCAGACUCCCAUGAGAGUGCUAUUUGAUGUAGUCCCAGGAAUAAAAUUUCAAGAUGCGAUUGAGCUUGUUGGUAUGCAGCCACUUCCUUCAACAACUGCAGCUUGGAAGAGGAUACAUGAUAUUGAACUGAUGCACAUGCGAUAUGCUCUUCAGUCAGUUGUGCUUGCUCUAGGAGAGAUGGAGAAGUGUGCAGGUGAUGGGAACGAGUGUUAUUAUCAUAAAGCGUUGUCAUAUCUGAGGGAGAUGCAAAAUUUUAUGGAGGCUAUCAAAAGUACUCCAAGAAAGAUUUUCAUGGUCAGCAUUAUAUUGUCAUUGUUACAUAUGGAUGACUCUGUCAAACUGUCUCAAGCAGUCCCUUCUGAGUGCCAUGUUACUCAUGAAUGCCAUGAUAAUAAUAUCGAAUCUGAGGGAAAGAACAUGGUGGUAUAUUUUGUUGGGCUUCUACUUGAUAUACUUCGUCAUAAUCUCCAAGUGAAAGGCCCUGAUAUGGAUCACCUGUCCAGUACUAGUCUGUCAUCUGCUGGUAGGCAAGCCUUAGAAUGGAGGCUCAAACAUGCCAAACAUUCCAUUGAAGACUUGGAUUGGCGUCUAUCUGUUCUAAAGCGUCUUCAACCUUUGUCUGAGAGGCAAUGGAGUUGGAAGGAGGCAUUAGUUCUUCUACGAGCUGCUCCUUCAAAGUUAUUGAAUGUAUGCAUGCAAAGGGAAAACUAUGAUAUAGGAGAAGAAGCUGUACAGAGAUUUUCUCUACCCGCUGAGGAUAAAGCUUCUCUUGAACUAGCCGAAUGGGUAGCUGGCGCAUAUAAAAGAGCAUUGGUUGAAGAUGCUGUGAAUCGUGCUACCGAUAACACGAAUGCAGCACAGGAAUUGGAUAUUUUGGCAUUACGUGCUCAGCUUGGUUCUCUAACUACGAUUCUGCUUUGUGUUGAUGUUGCUGCAACAUCUGCUAGGUCAGGUGAUAUGUGCCGAUUUCUUCUUGAUGAGGCAACAAGCUUGCUAUCUGAAAUAUUUCCAGGGAGCUCCCCAAAAGUAGGCGCAACUUACUGGGAUCAGGUCCAAGAACUUGCUAUGAUAUCAGUGAUAAAGCGCAUCCUUCAGCGUCUGCAUGACAUCUUGGAUCUGGAAGCUCUUCCAUAUCUUCAAGUGUUUUUUACCGAGAUGAGCAUCUCUUCAUCAACUGAAUCUAGCAGAGUUGGACAAAAGCAACGCCCUCUUGGUCUUUUGCACCAAAUGAUUGAUGAUGCCUUCAAAGGAAAGCGACAAUUCUUGAGUGGUAAACUUCACAAUGUUGCUAGGGCUAUUGUUGAUGAAGACUUUGAUAGUGUUUAUGCAAAGGAAGGUGUCAACUUGGAAAAGAAAGAUGUUUUGAGUUCUGAGAAAGGUGUAGUCCUUGGUCAUGGGCUUAGGAUACUGAAACAAGCAUCUAGGAGUGACCUUGCAUCUUCAAAUGUUCUGGAAAGCAGUUCAGAACACAAAGGUUCUGCAAAUAGAUAUAUGGGUCCUCUAUCUACCAAGCCAUCAACAUAUUUAUCGAACUUCAUAAUAUAUAUUGCAACCAUCGGCGACAUAGUUGAUGGAACUGACACAACUCACGAUUUCAACUACUUCUCAUUAGUCUACGAAUGGCCAAAAGAUCUAUUAACUCGUCUAGUUUUUGAGCGUGGAAGCACCAAUGCGGCUGCAAAGGUAGCUGACACAAUGGGUGUUGAUUUUGUGCACGAGAUUAUAUCAGCAUGUGUGCCACCUGUUUUACCUCCACGAACAGGACAUGGAUGGGCUUGCAUUCCAGUUGUACCUAUUCUUUCUAAUAUUACUUCAGAAAACAGAUCAUCUGCCAUUCCAAAGUCCCUUCCUCCUGCUCAAGGAUGGAGUGCACAUGAUUCGUCAUUGUCUUCUCAUCAAGAACCUCUCUAUCCUCUUCAGUUAAAUUUAGUGAAGCAUUUAGCCCAGUUAUCAUCAGUAAGAGCAGUUUUGGCAUGUGUAUUUGGAAGUACCAUACUAUCUGGUGACAACGAAUCAUCUCCUACUUAUGGGCAAGAUACAGCUCAAACCCCUGAAAUCGAGAGGUCAUUUUUCGAAUUUGCUCUCGAGCAAUCAGAGAGAUAUCCAACCUUGAACCGGUGGAUACAGAUGCAGUCUAAUCUUCAUCGAGUAUCUGAGUCAUCCGUGACAGAUAAAUCUGAAAGUGAAGUCUCUUUGCAUCAAUCCAAGGGAAAGUAUUCUAUGAAGCGACCCCGCGAACCUGUUAGUGAUGGUGAGUCAGAGCUUGAAGAUAUUGUAAUAAGCGGGAACACUACUUCAAGUCCGCUAGAAUCCCCUAAACAUGAAGACACUAGACUAGAGACAACCACUUUUAUUUCAUUUGAUUGGGAGAAUGAAGGACCAUAUGAAAAAGCUGUUGAGAGGCUAAUUAGUGAAGGAAAACUAACUGAUGCUCUUGCUGUAUCUGAUCGGUGUUUGCGCAACGGAGCAUCUGAUAAAUUGCUUCAAUUGCUCAUCGAACAAGAAGAAAGAAGUCUAGGCACAGGACAAAUUCGUGCAUAUGGAUCUCACAAUCUUGGGAGUGAUACUUGGCAAUACUGCUUGAGGCUAAGAGACAAAAAACUUGCAGCUCAGCUUGCUCUAAAGUAUCUACGCAGUUGGGACCUUGAUGCUGCCUCUAAUGUCAUUACUAUGUGCAUGUGCCACUUACCUGAGAAGGAUCCCAUGCGGAGUAAGGUGUGGCACAUGAAGCAAUCUUUACAGCGGUAUGGUCAUAUUAUGAGUGCUGAUGAACACUACACCAGAUGGCAAGAGGUUGAAGCCGAUUGUGAAGAUGACCCAGAGGGCUUGGCACUCCGUCUUGCUGCUAAAGGAGCUGUUUCCGCUGCUUUAGAGGUUGCUGAAAGUGCCUCUUUAUCAAUUGAUUUGCGGAGAGAGUUGCAAGGCCGCCAACUUGUCAAACUGCUAACCACUGAUCCACUUAAUGGUGGAGGCCCAGCCGCAGCUUCAAGAUUUCUGUCAACCUUAAGAGAUUCCAAUGAUGCUCUUCCUGUAGCCAUUGGUGCUAUGAAGCUAUUACCUGACUUGCGUUCAAAGCAGCUUCUUGUACAUUUUUUCCUCAAGCGUACAGUUGGGAGUCUUUCAGAUGCUGAGAUUGCACGGCUUAAUUCAUGGGCAUUAGGUCUUCGUGUUCUUUCCUUAUUGCCAUUGCCAUCGCAACAGCGUUGCUCUUCUCUGCAUGAACACCCUCAGUUGAUCAUAGAAGUACUAUUGAUGAUGAAACAAUUCCAGUCUGCUUCUUUGAUUUUAAAAGAAUUUCCUGCACUGAGAGAUGAUAGGUUAAUUAUUUCUUAUGCCAAGAAAGCAAUCUCCAUUAAUGUCAGUUCAACCCCUAGGGAACGGCGACUGUCCAUCUCUGCAACAAGAGCAAAACAAAAAAAGGCCACCACUCCAGUUAAAACAAAUUUUGUGCAGAGUUUUGGCAACUUCCAGAGAGAAGCACGCAAAGCAUUCUCGUGGGUGCCCCGUGACAGUGGCACUAAAACACCCCCAAAAGAUACGCCCCGGAAAAGAAAAAGUUCAGGUUCAGGUGGUGAUAGAUCCUCUUGGGAUGCAAUGCCUGCUGUACAGGAGGAGCAGACACCUGUAUAUCCUUCUGAAGGGCAAGAUAGACUUCCUUUCGUCUCUGCUCCUGAUGAGUGGGUGCUGACGGGAGACCCUGACAAGGAUGACACAACACGUUCAUCUCAUAGAUAUGAAACCUCUCCUGACAUCACACUGUUCAAGGCAUUAAUUUCCUUGUGCAGCGAUGAGUCAGUAGCUGCAAAAGGUGCACUUGAACUGUGUAUGACUCAGAUGAAGGUUGUACUUAGCUCCCAACAAUUGCCCCUUGAUGCCUCUAUGGAUAACAUAGCUCGAGCUUAUCAUGCAACGGAAACUUAUGUGCAGGCCCUCUCUUACGCAAAAAAUCUACAUAAGAAGCUCGUUGGGAGUAGUGAUUUGUCAAGUGGUUCUGAAAGAAGUAGGGAUGUCGAUGAUAUUUCUGUGGACACUAGCAGUUCAAGUGCUGGGAGCCAGUAUCUAGAUGAGCUGUCUGAUCUCCUGGCUCAAGCAGACAUGUGGUUAGGGCGUGCAGAGCUUCUUCAAAGCCUGCUGGGAUCAGGUAUUAUUGCCUCGCUUGAUGAUAUCGCUGACAAAGAAUCUUCAACUCGUCUACGUGACAGAUUGGUCAGCGAUGAACGGUACAGCAUGGCUGUAUAUACUUGUAGAAAGUGCAAGAUUGACGCUUUUCCGGUAUGGGUUGCAUGGGGCCAUGCUUUAGUUCGAAUGGAGCACUAUGCUCAAGCCCGUGUGAAGUUCAAGCAAGCACUUCAACAAUACAAAGGCGAUGCAGCUACUGUUGUUACUGAAAUCAUUAACACAAUUGAAGGAGGACCUCCGGUUGAUGUUUCUUCUGUCCGUUCCAUGUAUGAGCAUUUGGCAAAGAGUGCAGCAACCAUCUUUGAUGAUUCCCUUUCUGCUGAUGCUUAUCUUAAUGUUCUGUACAUGCCAUCCACAUUCCCACGAUCUGAGAGUUCCCGACAGUCCAGAGAUCCUAUGGACAACCAAUUCACAUCUGCUAGCUCAUACCUUGAAGAUGGUCCUCGCAGCAAUCUUGACAGUGUCAGAUAUGCCGAGUGUAUUCAUUACUUGCAUGAUUAUGCUCGGCCACAAAUGCUGGCUUUCAUGUUCAGGCAUGGCCAUUAUGCUGAAGCAUGCUCUUUGUUCUUCCCUUUUAAUCAACCAACCACUGAAGGGGAAACUUCUGUGUCUUCAGUUCCAUGGAGUGACCCGUUAACAACUGACUAUGGGACAAUUGACGACUUGUGCGAUCUAUGUCUUGGAUAUGGUGCCAUGGCUGUUUUGGAGAACACAAUACGGGCAGUAACACAAUCGCCCGCAUAUCAUGAGACACCUGUGAUCCAGUACAUGAACACUGUUCUCACCCGCAUUUGCAACUAUUGUGAAACACAUCGGCAUUUUAAUUAUCUCUACAACUUUUUGGUUCUAAAAGAUGACCAUGUUCCUUCUGGCCUUUGUUGUAUCCAAUUAUUUAUGAAUUCCAUGUCUCAAGAGGAGGCUUUGAGGCAUUUGGGACAUGCCAAGACACAUUUUGAAGAAGCCUUAUCUGUACGAGAUAGAACGAUGGAGGCUACAAAGUUGGUAUUGCGGUCUGCUCGGAAUAAGAGCACACCAGGAAAAAUGACCAGAGAAACUAUAAUGAAAUAUUCCACUCGUGUUUCCUAUCAGAUGGAUGUAGUGAAGGCCCUCAACAAUAUAGAUGGUCCUCAGUGGAAAACUUCCCUUUUCGGGAAUCCUACUGACCCUGAAACUAUGAGGCGAAGAUGCAUGGUUGUUGAAACUCUGGCUGAAAAGCAUUUUGAUUUAGCUUUCAGAAUGCUUCAUGAGUUUGAUCUCCCAGCUGUUGAUAUUUAUGCUGGUGUAGCUGCAUCCCUUGCUGAAAGGAAAAAAGGUGGCCAACUAACAGAGUUCCUGAAGAACAUAAGGGGUACUAUAGAUGAUGAUGAAUGGGAUCAGGUUCUUGGUGCUGCUAUAAAUGUUUAUGCCAACAAGCAUAAAGAAAGACCAGAUCGACUUAUUGACAUGCUAAUCAGCAAUCACAGGAAAGUACUUGCUUGUGUUGUCUGUGGGCGUCUAAAAAGUGCAUUCCAAAUAGCCUCGCGAAGUGGAAGUGUUGCUGAUGUUCAAUAUGUUGCUCAUCAGGCAUUACACGCAAAUGCAUUGCCGGUUCUUGAUAUGUGUAAGCAAUGGCUGGCCCAGUACAUGUGAUCCCAAUUGCUUUCACCCAUUAGAUGCGUAGGGAGUUUUCAAAUCAAGUCAGAGAAAACAAACCCAUGGAAGCAAGGAACCAAAUUAUUCUCUGGGGGUAAGACCACUCUGGAGGGCAAAGGUGUUCAAUUCUCGUUCCUCAGUUUGACAUGUUUCCACCACUUCUGCGCGGCACCAUGUCUCCAUGUAUAUACAUGCUCUCAUGAGUUGGCUGUUCCGCACAGGGAGAGGGCUGCAUCUUUGGUCUCUAGUGUGAAGAUGUUAAAUUGCCUUCCGCAUCCAGCGAGAUGAGUAUUUUCACUAUGAGCGCUUGGUCCAUAAAGAGGCAGGGCCAACUUUUCCUCUUCCCAUUCCUAAAAAGAAAAGGUUUCCCUCUUCCCUCACCGAUCCUUUAGAAAAUUUUGCCCAAUUCUCUCGCACAAUGUAUGUGCUGCUUCAGUAGCUUGAAUGAGUCCUGGUACUGAUAGAGUGAUGGUAUAGCAUGCUGUAUACCUGAAUGAGCUGCCUCAUAGUCCUCUCGUCUCGAGGGAUCCAUUUUUGUAUGGUGAAUACAAUUGUGAAUAUAAUUAAAAAUUUAUAGCUGAUGUAAGCACUAUAUGUAUGCUGGUUCAGUUUAUUUGUUUUGUUUUGUU